AUGUCAGGCUGGGCGGAGUUACCACCGGAGAUCAUCCACAUGAUCUCUCUGCGAAUUGACAACCCUUUCGAUCUGAUCCAUUUUCGAUCAGUAUGUUCAUGGUGGCGAUCAUGUAGUCUUCAAACAUUGCGACCAAUUCCAUCACUUAGAUGUCCUCUUCCCCCCGAUGCUGGUGGUUGCGGAGAUGAUUGCCAUAUCUUGAGGAGCCGUGUUUAUCUUCUCACAUCUCUUUCUCACGAUCCUCCCCGAUUCUGGUUGUUUAAACUACAAGAAGAGGAGAACGGAGCACUUGCUCUCCAAUCUUUGCUCAAUAGAAGAACCUCCUCUCAUCGAGGAGUUUCAUAUCCAAGUCUGUCAAUUGAUUUGCUCAACUCUCAAGUUAUUGAGCUAGUUCAAGAACAUGUCGCUUGUUACACCUAUUGGUGCGACCUAUAUGAUGGUCCUGGUAGUUCUAAAUGUGAACAACCUGUCGGCUUUAUGCGGUUAGAUGGAGAGACCAAUCAAUUCAUGGUUUUGGGAAGGCUGUCUUUCCAAGAUGGGAUUACUUCGUUUAACGGACAAUUUUAUGUCAUUGAUACUGCUGGAGUAACGAAAGUGGUUAAGCCAACUCUAGAGUUGAAUUCGUUUCGUCGGUCAAGGCCUUGCCGUAAGACAAGAAAACGUUGGUUUGUCAAGGCUGAGAAUAAACUCCUACUAGUAGAGAUGUGCACCAAUAACUUAGAAGAGUAUCGGAGACCACAUCUUCUAGCGGAAAAAGGAUGGUUCGAAGUAUCGGAGUUAAAUGAAGGAAGAGACGAUUGGAUUCAAAUGGAAGAUAUUGGUGGUCGAGUCUUGUUCUUGGACGACCAUUUCUCAUUGUCUUGCUGGCCUAAUCAGAUCCCUGGUUUCAAACCAAACUCUAUAAUCUUCAAAGGUGUGCUUGGAUACUAUGGACAUCAAGUGUUUGAAUUUGGUGAGCAAGGCUUUAUACUUCUUGGAGAUAUCCCUGAGUAUACUCAGCUUUUCCCACCUCCCUCAUGGAUCGUUUCCAACGUAUGAUUGAGUUAUCACAAAACAUAAUAAAACAAAAAUGCUUGCUUGUAUCAUCA